CCAUUGCCCAUUGCUCUGCGACUGCUUGGCCAUGUCGAUCCGCAAGGCGCUGGGCGCGGUCAAGGACCAGACCUCCAUCAGCAUAGCCAAGGUGUCCGCCGCCGUGGCACCGGAGCUCGACGUCGCCAUCGUCCGCGCGACGUCGCACGAGGACGCCCCCGCGGAAGACCGCCACGUCCGGGAGGUGAUCUCCCUCACCGCGCACUCCAGGCCGUACACCGCCGCCUGCGCCGCCUCCCUCGCGCGGCGGCUCUCCAGGACGCGCGACUACGUCGUCGCCGCCAAGUGCCUCGCGCUCGUCCACCGCCUCGUCGCCGACGGCGACCCGCACUUCCGCCUCGAGCUCCUCCGCCCCGUGGGGCGGCGCGGCGCGCCGAUGCUCGCGGCCCUCGCCGACUUCCGCGACGAGGCGCACUCCGCGUCGUGGGACCACUCCGCCUUCGUCCGUGCCUACGCGGACUACCUCGACCACCGCGCCCGCUUCCUCAUCUCCCUCCUCCCCGCGCCGCGCACCGUGCGCUUCGCCGACGAGAGAGGAUCGUCGCCGACGCCGGCGUCGUCGGUGCACGACAUGGACACCGAGGCGCUCCUCGGCCGCGCGCUCCAGCUUCGCCAGCUGCUCGAUCGCUUCCUCGCGUGCCGCCCCUCCGGCGGCGCCAGGAGCAGCCGCGUCGUGCUCGCCACGCUCUACGCGGUGGUCAAGGAGAGCACACAGCUCUGCUCCGACGUCGCCGUCGUGCUCGCCGUCCUCCUUGACCGCUUCUUUGACAUGGACUACCCCGACUGCGUAAAGGUCUUCGAGGCCCACGUCAGCACGGCCAAGCAAACCGACGAACUCCUCGCGUUCUACGCCUGGUGCGACGACGUCCGCCUCGCCCGCCCGGCCGACUUCGCCGACGUCAAGCGCAUCGACGACAAGCUCCUCGAGACACUCGAGCAGUUCGUCAGAGAGCGCGGAAGGGCAGGCCAGAGCUCGCCGCCUCCAUGGCAGCAGCAGCCUGCGCGCAGCGACGAUCCCUACCCCGACAUGAACGGCAUCAAGGCGCUCCCGGCGCCAGAGCAUCACGCCGCUGAGCCAUCGCGAUCGGCGGCGGAGAAAGUUGCACCGGUCGCCAAGAGGUCGCCGGAACAAGUGGCGCCACCGCAGACGGGUGACCUCGUCGACCUCAGGGAACCCGUGGGAGAUGACCAGGAGAACAAGCUCGCUCUGGCGCUCUUCUCGGGGCCACCGGUGGCGGACGGCGGGUGGGUUGCCUUCCCAUCGGACGACGCCCCCGAGGUGACGUCGGCAUGGCAGACGCCGGCGGUGGAGCCAGGCAAAGCGGACUGGGAGCUGGCGCUGGUGGAGACGGCGAGCAACCUGUCGCGUCAGAAGGCGUCCAUGGGCGGCGGGCUGGACCCGCUGCUGCUCCACGGGAUGUACGACCAGGGCGCCGUCCGGCAGCAGGUGGGCGCGCAGGCGGCGACGGGGAGCGCGAGCAGCGUGGCGGUGCCGCGCCACGGUCACGGCGCGGCCGCCCCCGUCCUGGCGCUGCCGGCGCCCGACGGCACCGUGCACACGGUCGGCGGCGACCCGUUCGCCGCGUCGCUGGCCGUGCCGCCGCCGGCGUACGUGCAGAUGGCGGAGAUGGAGAGGAAGCAGCAGCUGCUGGUGCAGGAGCAGCAGAUGUGGGCGCACUACCGGCAGGGCGGCAUGCAGGGGCAGGUCGCCAUGGACAGGCUCGCCGCCGGCGGCGGCGCCAUGCCGAUGCAGAUGCCGAUGCAGUACGGGAUGCCCAUGGCGUCGUACAGUGGCUACUACUGAGCUAGCAAGAUGCCAUGACCUGCCGCCAUUGAUGACAUCGAGAGAGAGAGAGAGAGAGUUGAUGAGGUUGUGAAUAAGGAGUAAUCCUCUCUUGCGAGAUUGAUUCGAUUCGUCAAGAGAAGCGAUGAACUUGCUGAUGUGUCCUACUAUACCUGUAAUUAGUAUUUGCGAUUACACAGUGUACAUGAAUGCAAAAUUCAGUUUUGGCGAGCGAUUAUCUAGCUC